AUGGGCAAUAUAUGUCCGUGGUGUUGUAAAAACUCCGAUGACACACAGUCGAAUCAAAAUGAUAACGAAGACUCAAAUAUCACCGGUUCUCAACGAUCAAUAAUCAGAUCAGAACCCACUGAUCGAACGCCAUUACUGUAUGACUCAAACAAUCAUCGUCAAAAUCAUCAGCCAGUAAAUGCAGGUACUUUCAAUCCAACGGUUACGAUAGAGCCACCUUCUCUGAUAACAACUGUCGAUCCACCACCACCGCCCCCUGCAGCCUAUGAAAAUUUUACCGAUACGAAAUCAGGUAAAUAUUUUGUUUCGAUGUGCAAAUAA